AUGAAAUCAGAUGUGUGGGAUGAGACGGCAUUUAAUGAGGUGCUGAUUCCGGCCGUUGUCAACUUCAUAGGCAAGGAGACUGCCGUCGAUGUUGAGCGAGAGACUGUACUGGGAACGCCGGUCGUUUUUCGGAAGCUAAAGCGACGAUUUCCGGAUUCCAAACAAAGUGUCGAUGUCGCUAAUGAGGGCGUUGCUGAAUAUUGGAAAGGCAUUGCUUGCAAAUUUGGUACGUGUUACGGGCGGAUAUGUGGAGAGAAAUUAGUCGAGUGCGAGUAUCGCCCUUUUCGAGUCAUUCCUCAUAUUGUUCCGACUGUUGCCAUCGUCGUGAAGGAUGAGACAGCCGUAGUGAUCGCUAGUGAAUUAGGAUCUGAUUGGGUAGAUUUGAACACCGUACUCCGCCAUUCCUACAGUAAUAUAGAGCAGUACUCACAGGUGCAUAAUUUUGUUGUGGCUUCUCUGGCAGAUGUCUACUUCCAGCUGGAUUUAUUGAAGUGUUAUGUCACCGAGCCACAGUUCUUUUGUGAUAACGUUUUCUGGCUAUUAUGUGAUCCAUUCGCUACUGGUACUGACGAGUUAAAGCCAUCCUCACAAUGGGUCAAUGGAUCGUUGUCGAAUUAUGACUACAUUUUGGAACUUAACAGAGCGGCUGGGCGGGUUAGGGGAGAAGUCCACAAUCAUCCAAUAUUCCCAUGGGUAUGCGAUUUCAAAGAGCAGAAUGGUGGCUGGCGUGACCUCAGCAAGACCAAGUACCGUCUCACUAAAGGCGAUGACCAAUUAGGACAAAAUUUUCGCACCCUCUCUCAUCACAUUCCGGAAGUGCUUUCCGAUAUCGGAUACAUGGUCUACAAGGCGAGAGUGGAAUCAAAGUCCAACCUAUGCAAACACGUUCGUAGCAAGUGGGUUCCACGAGAAUAUCCGGCGAGUAUGGCACGAAUGUACGAAUGGACACCGGAUGAGUGCAUACCGGAAUUCUAUGACGAUCCCUCCAUAUUAGUAUCACACCAUUCUGACAUGCCCGAUCUGGAGCUCCCACCAUUUGCCGCAUCGCCGGAAGAGUUCAUCAAGUGGCAUCGGGACAUGUUGGAAAGUGACGAAGUGUCCAGACAUCUUCACGAAUGGAUUGAUCUGAACUUUGGUCAAGCGGUGAGUUGCAGUAGUAGUUCACUGUUGUUUGACGAAGUUUGGUGUAAAUCCACGGAAACGUGGUGGUAG